UGGAAAGUUGGCAGUUCUCUUAGCUUCCCAUGUGCUCGGCAAAUUAAGAAGUCAACACUUAAGAAUUUUGAAUAAACAACUAUUAAAAUAGGCAGGAUGGGAGCGAAAAAGGUGAAAAUCAGCUCGGUGAAGCGGGCCGCUCACCUAAAAUCGAAGAAAACACCGCUGUCGAAGCAGCAACAACAAAAGCAGAAGCAAAAGCGCGACCAACUUACUUCCAAGCGAGAACAGGGCCAGAAUAUAUUCUCGCAGAAGGCGAGAAAACGCGACAACUUGGCGCAACGCAAGAAGCACAACAAACUGGCCUCCCUGGGACUCGAUCCGCUGGACGAAGACGACGAGGAUGGCGACGACCAGAUGCUGGACAACAUUGCAGACAUGCUGGACGGCGAUGAUCUCGCCCUGCUGCAGGCCAACAAACGGAAGCGAAAGGCCAAAACCGCUGGCCAGGAUGAACCUGACCAGGGGCAAUCAAUCGGCUUGGAACGCGCCUACGCCUCGGACACCAAAAAAGAACAGGCAGCGCAGAAAAUCAAGCUGGAUCUGCUGCCCAUCAAGUCCAGAGAUGGUCAGAUAAUCACACGCACGACUGAGGUGGAUUACCUGCCGAAGCCCAAGCAGAAAAAGCAGAAUGAGGCGGAGCAGGAAGAAGAGUCCGCGGCAGAGGAGGAUAGUGAUUUAGAUGGGGAAACGGAGUACGAGGACAGCGACGAUGAUGUGGUCAACGAUGUCGAAGCGGCGUCUGCCGUACCCGUCCAAAAGCUUAUCUCGACGACGGAUCUGCUGAUUGCUCGCCAGCAGGAGAUCGAACGGCAGAAGUACCGUAUUGGAAUCAUUUGCUCCGGUUUGCUCGAGAAACCAGAGGACAAGAUGCGCAAUUUCCAUGCCCUCUACGAGCUCAUGGACGAGAUCAACCCGGCCAGCAAGCAGGCGAACCUUAUGUCCGUGAGAAAACUGGCCAUAAUAUCUGUCACCGAGAUCUUCAAGGACAUUCUGCCCGAGUAUCGAGUGGGUCAGGUGGACACCAAGAUGCAAACGUUGCGCAAGGCCACCCUUGACCGUGUGACCUUUGAGAACGCCCUGCUUCAGCAGUUCAAGAAGUUCCUGCAGAAACUGGAGCAGAUUACGGCGCAAGUGAACAGGAGAGGCGGCCUGCGAACGCCCCAGACCGUAAAGUUGGCCACCGUGGCGGUGCAGUGCAUGUGUGACCUGCUGGUGGCGCAUCCCUACUUUAACUACGUCCAGAACAUUGCCCAGUUGCUGGUCUACAUGCUAAACAGCAAUUACCUGGAGAUGCGGACGGCUGUCAACCAGUGCUUUCGCUCAGUCUUCGCCAACGACAAGCGAUUGGAGAUGACCCUCUUCAUAGUCCGUCGCAUCAAUCACUUGAUCAAAACCAAGCAGAACAACGUCCACGUCGAGUGCAUCACAUGUCUGAUGAGUCUCAAGAUCAAGAACGUAAAUCUGGACGCGGAGAAGGAGAACGAGCUGAAGCAAAAGAAGCUGGAAUCGCAUCGUCAACGCUUGCUAAGCCUGUCCAAGAAAGAGCGCAAGCGGCGGAAGAAGCUCACCGAGGUCAACAGAGAGCUGGAGGAGACCCGCGCUGAGGAGAACAAGCAAGACAAGCACCAGAAACUAACCGAGAUCAUCAAGAUGGUGUUCACCAUCUACUUUCGCGUUCUGAAAAACGAUCCGACGUCGCGCGUACUGAGCGCCAUUCUAGAGGGCUUGGCAGAAUUUGCGCACGUCAUUAAUCUGGAAUUUUUCGCCGAUCUUAUCGAUGUGCUCAACCGCAUUUUAGAGGAUCAAGAAGAGCUGGGUUACCGAGAGCGAUUGCACUGUGUCCAGACCAUUUUUGUGAUCCUUUCGGGACAGGGUGAGGUGCUCAACAUCGAUCCCAUCCGAUUCUACCAGCACUUUUACCAGAACAUGCUGGCCGUGCAGGCGGGCAAGAAUCACGAAGACUUCACCAUCAUUCUGCGAACCUUGGAUGAGGUGCUGGUGAAGCGGCGCAGAAACAUGAGCCAGCAGCGUCUGAUGGCCUUCGUGAAGCGGCUACUCACUGGAAGCCUGCACCUGCUGCACAACGGCACCCUGGCCACGCUGGGCACCAUUAAACAGACCUUCCAGCUCACCUCUGUGCUCGACAAUCUGCUGGACACGGACACUAGCAUUGGCUCAGGUCGCUAUGACCCCGAACUGCAAGAUCCCGAGUACUGCAAUGCCGCCAGCACGUCGCUGUAUGAGUUGGCCCUUCUGGCACGCCACUACCAUCCCACGGUGCGCCGCAUGGCUGUUCACAUUGCCAACGGAGUGCCGGCCUCCGGCGAGGGAGCGCUGCCCACGGAGAUCGGCAAGCUAUCCUCCCACGAGCUGUUCACGCAGUACGACAGCACACAGAUGGCCUUCAAUCCGACGAUACCGCUGCCAAAGGCUGGCCAACCGAAGCUGAAAAAGGGCAAACAAUUGUAUAUCCGCUCGGACUUCAAGCAGCAGUACGGAAAACUGCUGCGAAAGGACAAAGUUUUACACGCAAAGGAUAAGCUACAAAUCGAUUUUCUUAGUGCGCUUCAAUAAAGGAUUGUUGGAGGUAGAAAUUUAA